AUGAGCAAUCUGGUGAUGGGUGUUAACUCAGUCCUGGUGGGUCCGAACAGUGUGUUGGUGGACAAUUCCAAGUGGUUUUCUCCUGGUGUAGUCACUCCCAACAGGAUUACCUCAUCCAGGUGCUCAGGACUGGCAUGCAGGGUGGUGGUCCUGGAGAAUGCUCAAUUCAACCUGAUAUUUAGAAUUUUCAUGAUUACUCAACUUAUCCACCUCAAUGAGGCACUGGAGUGUGAGGAAAGAAAGUACAAGAUGGAUGGGCAGUGCUGCUCCCCUUGCCAUGCAGGUUUCAGGCUUAAUAAGUCAUGCGAUAUAAGGCGACCAACCAUGUGUGUGGUUUGCAAUCCUGGGACCUACACAGCACAGCAGAAUGUCAUGAAGGAGUGUCUCCAGUGUAAAGUCUGUGACCCUGAAUUUGGAUUAGUGACCAAAAAGGAAUGUUCAUCUACAUCCAACACUGUGUGUAGCUGUUCUCCAGGCUAUUUCUGUGCUGACAUGAAAGAUGAUAACUGUGAUAUGUGUGUGGCUCACCGAAUUUGCAGUCCUGGGCAAUUUGUAAAGUCUAGAGGCACAGAGAGAAACAACACUAUCUGUGAAAAGUGCCCAGCAGGGACAUUUUCCCCCAAUGGGACCCUUCUCCAGUGUCUAUCAUGGACCAAUUGUACAACACAGGGUUUAUUUGAAGAAAAGCUAGGCACGGAUACCAAAGAUGCAGUGUGCUCACCCCAAAGUAACCCUCAACACAUAGAAUAUAUCUUCAUUGUCAUCAUUUCCAUCAUUAUUUCUGGGAUGCUGUAUUGUAUAAAGAAAAAGAAGCUACCAGUGACAGUGACAGUGACAGUGACAGUGACAGUGACAGUGACAGCGAAAGAAGGAGCGGCCUGUUUUGGAGAGAGUGCCAAGAUAUGUGGUGUAUUUGGGAAAAGUAUAAAUGUAUGUGAGGACUGA